UCAAACUUUGGGGAGAAAGAAGAAGCGAAGAAAGGCCCCCGAAGGAAUAGCCUAGAUUCUCGCUCAGUUUCGUACCAAAUCAGACACGGCCAUAGACAGAGCUUCGAGCUUUGAGACACACAAAUGGGAAGCAACGACACUCCCGACCCUUCCAAUUCUCGCAAGUAUGGCGUCCCUUUCUACGCAGCCGCGUGGAUUCCUCCCACUUCUGUGAAAUCGGAGGACGAACCUCCACCAUCUGAAAAUGAUCCAAAUCAAUCCGGUGAUGAUGACAAAUCUCUUCCACCGCCCCAGACCACCGCAGUUGAUUACUACGUAGCCGCCGCUGGCGGUGGCGGUGAAGGCCGGAGUGGGAUUUCCAAUGCCCUCAUCCUCGCUCAUUUCGAUUUUGAAUCCCGCUCGCUCUCUGAUCAGCCUGUUGAAAAAUAUGGAACUGGUUCCGAUUUGCCUUACAGAAUGGCUGUUCAUCCAGCUGGAGAUGGAAUUAUUUGUUCUUUGCCAAAAAGUUGCAGCUUUUUAAAAUUGGAUAUCAAAAAGGAUGCUGGAGUUCAAAAGCUUGGGCUAAAACUCUCCCAGGAGGUGCUUAGCCAAUUGGAAGAUGUUGGACUGCAGUUAGCUUUGGCAUUUAACAAUGAAGGUUCUUUGCUUGCUACUGGUGGUGAGGACGGUAAUUUAAGGGUCUUCAAGUGGCGUAGCUUGGAAAUUAUUCUCAAUGAGCCCAAUGCUCAUUCUACUGUAAAGGACUUGGAUUUCAGUCCUGAUGGUAAAUAUCUGGUCUCAUUAGGUGGCCCUUGUAGAGUGUGGGAUGUGACUUCAUCAACAGUUCUAACUGCUCUUACAAAAGAAAAUGAUGAGGUUUUUAUCUCAUGCAGAUUUUCUUUGACCAACGACAGUAAUAUGGUUUUAUAUAUCGCUGCAGUGACUGGCAGAGGUGGAAGCAUUAUAACCUGGAAUACAACCACAUGGAGGAGAGUAGCCUCAAAGCUCAUAACUCGUGAUAAUAUUACUGCAUUCAAUGUUUCAGCUAAUGGAAAGCUCCUUGCCUGUGGUACAACUCAAGGAGAUGUUCUGAUCAUAAAUUCAACCAGCAUGCGAGUUCAAAAGAUUGUUAAAAAGGCACACCUUGGUUUUGUUACUGCAUUGAGCUUUUCUCACGAUUCAAGGGCUUUGGCUUCUGCAUCAAUGGACUCGAGUGCUAGGGUGACUGUAAUUGAGGAGGAGGAGAAAAAAGGAAUGAGCUUGUGGAUCAUCAUAUUCGUCUUGCUAAUUGCUAUAGUCGCAUAUUUUAGCAAGAAUGCUGAAUUUCUUAAUCUCGAUCUUCCCAGUUUUUCUAGUGGUUAAACGAACGUGGACUAUCGAAGAACUUAUCAGAGAUCACAAUUUGACUUGGAAUUGAUUUUCCCAUUCUCAGUAUUUUUUAUAUUCAAAUUCAAAUAAGCAGUGUUCUGAUUCUAUCAUAUAGUUAAAGUCCCCACAUUUUUGUUCAUGUUUAGAAAUGAAAUCUUCUUGAAUCUACUUGGUAAGUUAUUUCCAUUCCUCAUCUCUCCCCUCUAACAUUAAAGUAUAGUCGAGAAUAUGGGAUGAUACGUUCAAAUUUCAAUGAAUGUGUAUGUUGGAUAUAUUGUCAAAAAAAUGGUUGAUUGCAAUAAAGAUUGUCCAGAAAGUGAGUA